AUGAUCAAACAGGAGACUGUUUCUGCUGUUACUGUCCCAGGUAAUGGCCAUGUCAUCCAGCCUACACAUGCUGUGGCCUCUGGAAGCCAAGAGAAGCCUUUGGAAAUGGCCACUUACCAGGCAUCAGCAACUGUGCACCAGUACAAUACAGGGAAUACGAACUUACAGGGCCCACACAUUGUGAUCCAGAAUCCAGCUAGAAUGACAGGCCUGCAGGUCCAACCCACUGUGCUACAGUAUCCAGUGAGAAUGGCUGGUGUGCAGCCUCCACCAGGAGUGAUCCAGUACUCACCAGAAAUAACAAGUGUCCAGGUCCUACCUGGAGACCCUCAGAAUCCCCUGAACACUGUCCCGGGGCCAACACAGACCUCAAGCAAUCCCCAGUGGAAUAUGUCCUUUAUAUCCUUUCCUGAAUUUGAUCCCAAGAAAUUCAUAAAUGAAGAGGUCAGAACAUUGGGGGGCAUCCAGAUCCUCAUUGGCAUGUUUUAUAUCGUCUCUGCAGUCAACCCUCAACUAUACUGGAACCUUCCUCUGGUGGGGAUAUCAGGGCACCUGGUCUGGGGAGGAUUGUCUUUUAUCAUCUCUGGGUCCCUCUCAAUUUCGGCUGAAAAGUCUGCCAGCAGUUGCAUGGUGAACGCCAGCAUCGGCAUGAAUAUCGUCAGUUCCAUCUUCUCCCUUGUUGGUAUCAUCCUUAUCAUUAUAGAUCUGGUUAUUUUCAACUCUAAUUUUUCUUCGCUGACGGGUUGUUUGAAGGCAAUCAUUGGGGGUCUCCUCCCCUUUGCCCUGCUGGAAUUCAUCAUCACCUGUGUGGUCUCACAUUUUGGGUGCCAGGCUACCUGCUGGACCCAUUUUGAG